AUGGAUAGUCUCUGUUGCCCGCCGUUACUCCAGGACGUUGCCGUAUCCUCGACAUGCUCAGAGAACCCCGACGCGCUAUUCGAGAAGCUUGAAUAUACCUUGGAUCAGCUACAAUCCGAACAACAUCGCUAUAUGGAGAUCUUCACGAGGUACCUUGCAAUGAAGGACGAAUAUACAGCCCUUGACGACACACGAACAUGUCUUCUCGCGGAGCUCACAUGUCUUGCUGCUGAGAACGACCGCAUCCGGAACGAGCUCGCGCACAUCAAUCUGAACGAUUCUCGGAACGCCCACGUCUGGCUGGCUCUCUUCGAAAGCUAUGCGUGCUUCAACUGCCAAACUCCCACUCGCUGUACGGCGCAGCAACGCGUUUGGGUGGCCGCACACGACGCUUGGAUGGCGGAAAGGCGGAUAUUGAGGGCCCAGAUCUCCGAGUUCGGCGCUUACUGUCAACAGACACUACAGAACGACAUCAACCCACUUAUACGUACAUUGAGGCGAAUGUAUGAGACCUCAGACGCAAGUCACACCAGGUGGCAUUGCGCGCUUGGCCAGCUGAGGCAGUUUGUAGAGGUGUUCGAGCUACAGCUGCGACGCUACGACGAGGCCCAAGUAUAG